AUGUAUUUUAUACUAACUAAAAAGAAGAAGCUUGAUGGAACGCUUCUGUCUCACACAACGAAUCUAAAUGCCUUUGUGUUAGCUCCCGCUGUACGAAUUUGUUGAGUCAGAGCACUGAAAGAGAGAAAAUAUAAACUUUCGGCUGCCAUUUUUGGCGUCCGGGACGCCAACGCUCUCGUUGCUUAAGGUCCCUUUUGUUGUCAUAUAUGUUUUAGGUAGGACACGACAGCUGUUCAGGACAGUGCAUACCUGUACAAUGUGACCAUGGAAAUGACGAUGAAGUCCAAAAGCUGUUUGAUAAAGUUAGCAAAGAACAAAAUGGACGAUUGGAUAUACUUGUCAACAAUGCUUGCACAGGAUGGAAGGUAGGAUGUGUAAGCAGCAGUAGCUGUAGUAGUUAAAGGUUCAGCCCUGGGAAACAGAUGUAGCUUUGUUUAUAGGCUGCUCGUGGAUGGCCGAAAGGUACAGUCAAGGCGCUCUUAACUGGCAUUCCCAUGGGAUACUUUGGAUUUCAAGUAACGGGGAUCAUCGAAGGAUAUUUUAGGGUUUGAAAUUUUCGAUUUGGGAUUUUUUUGUCUGAAAAUUUAGCAAGGAUUAUUAUUAUUAUUUAUUUUUGGGGGGGGGAUGGGGGAGGAGGGUGGCUAGCCUGCGUCGCAGACUUAAUUUAACCUCGGUAGGUAACGUGUGCGAAGUAGCGCCGAAAUCCUUGUUCUGGGCCCCCAACGGACUCAACCAAUCACUGGAAAUGGAUUUCGAAUUUCCUUUCAUCCUGAUUGGCCAGUCGACAAUGGUUUUUUAACAGGCCAAUGACAUGGCGCGUACUCAAAUCCAGGUACACAGGUGGGGGCCGAGAACAAAGAUUUCGGCGCUGUUUCGCAGACGGACUUAGUUUCGUCUGUUGCGUAGGCUAGGGGGGUGGCGUUAUUUUAGUGGCGAUUUUUGGGGGGUAUUCAACGCAAUGUGAAGAUUCUUGGUAGUACACAUUGUACCAGCGUUUCCCGGCCGCGUAGUUCUGCGAAUAAAGUACAACCAAAGUUGUUUUGAAGAUAACUUCAAAUGGUAUGAGGAAUAAACAAUCACAAACAUUCAUUUCUGUUAGUGGUGUAGUUUACACAAACUCUGGUCUAUAUACAUGUAACGUUAAUUUUAACGUUUUAAAUUUUGUUAUGGUCCAGGCAAUAUCGGAAAAUGCUGAAAAACCAUUUUAUGAACAGGUAAGGUCCUCAAUUUAUAUUUUGAUGUUGAAAAAUUCUGCUCUCUCAAAUAGUAUGUUGUUAUAUAAACAUCUGAAUCAUCAUACACGUUUUAUAAUUUGAACAGAUGCUUUCUUGCUCUUUGUUGAUAGAAAGGUAAUGUGAGUCAUGAUAGAUCCUUAGUGUCCAAAGUCAAUGCUUCGGUUGUAAUAUUUUCCAAUCGAAUAUUGGGUAGUCAUCAAAAUUUCCGAUUAUAAGUUUUAAUUUAUAGUCUUACUGGUAUUGUCCCUGUAGUUGUUCAAUCAGUGUCUGGAAGAGGGUUCUGAUCAGGCAACCCCGCUUCUCUUUUCAAGAUCUCGCAUCCCGAACUUCUGUCAUCUCUAUCCCGAAAACUCGUUGUCCUUCUCAGUUUCGCAUCCCGUGCCAAGAUUUUAGCGAAUCCCGCGUUCCGACUAGUGGUCCUGAAAUCCCGUAUCCCGUCAAGAAAUUUGGCGUUUUCCCUAAUCCCGCAUUAUAUUUCGGUGAAAUCUCGGAUCCCGAGAGAUCCUUUUCAAUAAGACUGACCAUUGUAAAGUACUCUGCGAUAUUUGCGUACAUUUUGAUUCUCUCCUAAAUUUGUUUCUUUUCGUGAGCUGUUUUCUUUCCUUCUCAUGAGUGCGUUCAGAGGGAGGUAGACAGUAGCACAGCUUGUAUAUUGUUUACUUAAAGAAAUAAUCUGUCAGGGAUAAUCAAUCUUUAAACAAUCAAUAGAUGUUUUCAAGUUGUAUGUCUUGUUUUCCCAUUUUAGAUCACGUGAUGGUGCCCCAGGAAACUCUGUCUUUCAAUUGUUGUCCUAUCCACGUGCACAUGUAUGCAUAACUUGUGAAAUUUCCUUGGGAACAUCACGUGGUGUGAAUUGGGAAAACAAAACAUACGAGCUAAAAAGGUCUAUUGUCUCGACUGAGAACGUAAAUUUUAAGGAUGCGGCGAAGGCGUUCGGGUUAGGAGAGAAUGACCCUCUCUGAGCCUUACGCCUCUUCCUCUAUGCACACAAACUAAUUUUAUUUCUGACUACACUCCGGUUUGGCCCAUUGUUUGGUCACAGUUAACAUAGCGUACUUGUUUUUGAGUUUUAGCCUUUAAACGUGUGGGAUGAAGUUAACAAUGUGGGGCUUAGGUAAGAAAAUUGAUUCAUGUUAUCUCGGUAUGUAGAGAAGGAACAGGCUGUAGCAGGGAUUGUAUAGAGCGUUUUCACAUGACGUCCCGGCGGCCAUAUCGGUGUCCCAAACCAAUCCUGUGGGAGUUGAACUUUUUCUCGUGUAAAACUUUUCUUCUGUUCCACCAAAUUUACACAGUUGCAUGCUGACCACGUAAGUCAAAAGGCUGUAUAUUUUCUGAGUUUAUAAAUGACCGUUUUUUUCCUCUGAAAUCAUCGAGACGUUGCAGUCAAUCUGAAACAUUAAAUGCUUAAGGCCGAUGAAUAUUGGCAUUUCAUAAAGGAAAACAAGAAAUAGUCUUUUCGGUCUUCGUAAUAUCAAAAUUUUCGGUGUCAACUUGCUUUCUUUUCUAACGGAGAAGAGAUCUUUAUCGCACUGAUACUCACGGGGCGGAUGUCAGACUCAUAGCAGCUCGUAGACUUUAAUUACAAAAAACUAACCGUUGUUAAAUGGUCUUCAACAUUUAUUAACCGUGAUUCACCAAGCUGAGCACUUGGAGAUGAAAGAUUUUUAGAAUGUUUCCUAUCACUGUCGUCCUUUUUGUCCCUUUUCUCCCUCCAGGUCUAAUUACAUUGCUGCGUGGCAUGCAGCUAGGAUGAUGGUUCCAGCCAAACAGGGACUCAUAAUCAACGUUUCAUCGAUAGGAGGAUUGACAUAUCUCUUUAACGUUGCAUACGGCAUUGGAAAAGCUGCAGUACGUGCAACUUACUAUAGACUUCAAAAUGAAAUAGAAGUGUGUGUGUGUGUGUGUUUUUUUUCGUGUGGCUGUGUGUGUAGGCAUUCACGAAAUGUCGUUGGCUUAAAAUAACGACACUUGCGUCUCCACUGAGUUGUAGAACAGUCACUAAAAAGUCUAUGCUCUUUCUUUAGCUAGUUGGAAUAACCCUUACGUUUCUCUAAGUUAACUUUUAACAACCUCGUCUCCUCUGCCCUUCUUGUCUUUUUAACGGCAAAGGAGAGAGGCCCUGGGAACGAGGUUGACUCUUUGACUCACGGCUCUUCCAAUGCGGGUCGGAAAUAUUGACGGGGGAAUCUGGUUUUACACACUUAUAUCCUAAAACACAAGCAAGUAUGGUUAAGUGAGUAUAUCAGAUUUUAUAACAUAACAAAGUAAAGCGCGCGCUCUGAUUGGUCAGGCAGCCAUCUACCAUUUGCCCGUUGUUGCACGCAAAGAAAAGCUAGCGCGGUAAAAUUGAGGCAAUUUCAGCAAAUCUCCUCUCCAAUGCGGAUUGAAAUGCACCGAUGAAAUAUACAAACGAAAAGUUGAAGUUGAAGAAAAUUCUCAGUUGUCGUUUUGAAGGAAAGUUAAAAGAUCAAGGGACAAAUUUGCCUUGGGGAAUGAAAUUCAUCAUUGUUUUCUUCGAGGCUGGGAGCUCAGAAGAACAUUCGAAAUUUAAGGUACAUUUUGUGUGUUUUUAUAAUAGAGAAAAUUCUGUUUUGAAAUGGCAGAACGGUCGUAAGACAACAGCAUCUAAAUUGCUCACACAUCGCAUCAGCACCGGUUUUGUCAGCGAAUUUUUGCAAUUUUGACUUCCAGAUCGAUUUCUCCGGAAAAAUUUCGAUACGAAACUAGCCAAUUUCUUUUAAAAUUAUUCUAAAGGAAAUACAGUCAAUUUUUCUUAUUUCUACUUUAUGUUUAUUGCACAAAUUGUCAUACAAUUAUCUUUUUCCUGACAUGGUUCUUGAGGUGGUGUUUACAGUUGCAAUAUUAAGAACAAGUAGACAUCAGACGCCAUGCCAUUCAGAAUAACAACAAAAAACGUUUUGCAAUUUACCUUAAAACGGAGAACGGUUGACUCAGCGAAAGAAAAACUCAAAGGCAAGUUUUUGAAAGGCACGAUUUGUUUCGGCGCAGGCAGAUGACAGCGUACAUCAACUCGUCUACGGUACCGAUGACUGAUUCAACGGAAGGCAAAUGGAAAUGUUUUCUCUUUUGAUUAUGUUAUAAAAGAAAUGGUAAACAUCGCAGCUGUGUAACAUUCGAGUUAUGGAUGCACUUGGGAGGUAAAUAAAUUGCUAAGCAGUCAAGAAGCUAGCAAUGCUCUAGGCGUAAAUUUUUCGUGCUUAGCAACCUCUCGCGUACAUCCAUAACUCGAUGGUUGCACGCUGCACGUUUACCAUUAUUUUCUUAAUGAUUGGAAUAUUUCCAUUUUCAUAUUGAAACAUGUUCUACAGAAUUUGGUGCUUUGGUGACCACUUGCUGCUGAAGACGCUUAGUGAUGACUAUCACAAAAGCCUGCAUUCUUAGACAUUGUUCUUAAACCUUGUAAAAUACACAGACGAACGUCCCAUAAUGCCAUGAGCGCCCAAUCAUACGAAAUUCGAACCACAGUAGGUCUCGUCUGAGUAAAAGCUUCAACACAUCUACUUUUUGCAAGAAAAUUUAUUCCAUGCAACUUCUAAAUUAUGUAUACGUGUAGUUCCAUGUUGUGUUUGAAAGUUCUUCGUAUAUACGCUGAAUGGCGUAGUGUAUACAGCGAACAAAGAGACCACACCAUGCGUCACGUGUUCGCUUACAAGAGGUUAAAAACAAUUUGGAAAACUGUAAAACUGUCAGACCAGAAACGAGAGUUCUUAUAAUAAGACUUUGACUGGAAAAAAUUUAAUAUUUUAGACAGCGGUCGCUUAUAAGACGUGGUUGCUUAUGACGAAAGGUUGUCGCACAUGGAGUUUCAACUGCAAACGUGUAUCAGUAGGCGCUGUCUCCGUCUCCAAAAUGAAAUAGAAGUGUGUGUGUGUGUUUUGUUUUUCGUGUGGUUGUGUGUGUAGCUAUUCACGAAAUGCCGUUGGCUUAACUUAACGACACUUGCGUCUCCACUGAGCUGUAGAACAGUCACUAAAAAGUCUGCGCUCUUUCUUUAUAAUUAGCUAGUUGGAAUAACCCUUAAGUUUCUCUAAGUUUACUUUUAACAACCUCGUCUCCUCUGCCCCUCUUAUGAGACUUCUUAUGAUAAGACUUUGAGACGUGGUUGCUUAUGACGAAAGGUUGUCGCACGUGGAGUUUCGACUGCAAACGUGUAUCAGUAGACGCUGUCUUCGGAGUUCUUGAAAUCUCCAAAUUUCUAGAGCUUUCUGCUGAAAGCUAAAGACGUUUCUCGGCCUUUUGUCUUUUUCAAAAUCUCAGUGGACAUUCAUUGACUACUACCUACUUUUUAAAGGCGCAUGUUUUUGAGAUCACCUUGACUGUAUUUAAAACUUUAUUUGCAUUCCUGUUUUUCUUAGAAUGAUCGAAUGGCCGCGGACAUGGCUGUGGAGCUGAGGAAAGAGAAUGUGGCCAGUGUGUCGCUUUGGCCUGGAGCUGUGAUGACUGAAAAUGAAAAAGACUUUUUAAGUAAUCCACAAGAUGAGAGGGUAAUAAUCAGACUUGAUUUACUACGGUACAAAACGCUCAGCUAAAGAAACAACAACGUCAAAAAACAAGCAAGGGGUGCCAAAGAGUUUCUUUUAUUGGCGCAACAUUGUAAGUUUGAAAUUUAAGUGUUUUUUAGCGCCCGCUAUCGAUCGUGUUGGACUCGAGUCAUUACUUGAAAGGCCGUCCACUUCUUACUCCCACUGUUUUACUGAAAAAUGUGAAAUCGACUGCCGGCUUCCUUAACUUAUCGCAUCCUCACCAGGGUCCGUUUACCAGACGUUUCGUGGUGACCCAGCCAGGGCUCAUGGCUGCUGUAGCGGUCAUAUGGGUCAAAACCACAAAAUCCUUCUUCCCACCCCGUACUUUCAGUACCUGUUCCCUCCCGUCAAGUUGUCGAAGAGGAGUUGAAAUUUUGGGGACUUUUUUAUAUGUUGUUGUUCUCUGUUGUUCCUUUACAUGUUAUGGUUUUAUGAAUCAAAAGAAGACAAAUAUUUUGUUUACUGACGGGUUGAAGGGGAUGAAGGAUGAAGGUGUUGUCAAGUACACACGCUAUUGCGUUUGCAAAGCAAGAUUUCUCGACUCAAUUUUUCGCUGAAUUAGUAGUUUUCCUUCUCAAAUGUGGAUUGCAGAACCUUUUUGGUUGUCCUGAGUUAUUUUGGUGCAGUUGGUCUCGAUAGUAAGAUAAAAAAUUAAGCGAAGGCUGCAUGACUUAAGAGAACUCCUGUAUUAAGCGGACAUCAGGGAGAGUGCCCAAAAAUCAUAAAAAGCCUUCAUAGCCAAUAACAUCACGGCUUAACUGACAGGCAACCAAUAACAUCGCGACUUAAUUGACCAAUCAGGUCAAUAACCAGAGUUUGAUACCAUCAACUGAGGUGAUGCAACUCACUUUGACUCUGAAGAUGACUACCGCACAGGUUGUCGAAACCUCAGUCACUGUCAACAACAGUGCUAUUCAGGACUACGCGAAACCCGAAUUAAUUAAAAUAAUUCAUUCAUAAAAAUAAACAAAACUAAAAUGUGUGUUUUUUACUCUGCAGUCAAGGAAGGCAGCUGCGCUUUUCAAAGAUGCUGAGGAUCCAACAUUUUCAGGCAAGGCCGUGGCUUGGUUGGCCGCAGGUAUUGGUACAGUCAAUAGGGACCUUUAGCAUCAGGUUUUUCGUGGGAAACGGCAAACCGCAAAAUGUCACGUGACCACGACCUUGCGGUCACGUUUGCAGUUUGCAGUUCACGUUUGAACCGCAGGAAGGGCUUCCAGCGGUAAGUGAUUUACGGCAAGGUUUUUUGCCACAAAAAAUUGUACAGCCUCGCGUUUAAAAGUAUGAACUAGCUUUUUGUAUCCGUUUGCGAUGUGUUUGUUGGAUUUUUGAUCUCGAAUCAAUGAAUUAUUGCUGAGUUUUGGGCGAUUAAAGUGAUGCACUUCGACUUGAUGAAAACAACAUGGCGGCCCUAAACAAUGAACGCGUAGUUCAAAUCAAUUUUAUAUUCCUUUCUGCCGUACUAACAAAGGAAAGUAUUCUGUUCCAAUCCAGAGUUAACUUUUUUUUCUAUCUUGUUUCUGAAUUCAUAACUUAACUCAGUCUCUGUUUGGUUCCUAUUUUUAACGUAUCACUCCGCGAAUAUCAUUUUAUUUUGCUUAUCUCUUUUAGACUGGGGAGCCCAGGCUUCAUAAAGCCUUCUGGUUUCUUCGGGCUCCCUUGCAACCUUAAAAUUCCUAUACGUAUUCUUGUAUUGUAUUGUAUUUUGGCUAAAUAAAAAUGAACUGAACUGAACGCCUUGCUAAAGUUUGAAAUCUCGGCAACGCGAAACUGCAAACGCGUAACUGCGGUUUGCGGUUUACCUGAUGCUAAAGGUCUCUAAUACCCAUGAUGUUCAAAAUCAACGCAAAAUGCUAUGAUACAUAAUAUUAUAAUCCUGGGCGAACUGUAAGCAGAGCGUAUAAUUAGCAAUUAUUUGUUGAGGCUGAGUAUGAUCUGAUGAAUUCUGGAGAUCGAGAAGGUUAGUUAGAAGUUCGGCUAUUUUUUUCUUUGCAAAAUGGAUGAAAUUUUCUGUCAUGUUCUCCAGCUCUACCAAAACAGCUGAGCUAAUGCACCUUCGUCCCCAGGGCUUCUCGGUUGCCGUCCAUUUUUCUGUCGAUAUUCUGUACUAUUGACGUCAUUUUACUGGAUAUCGGAAACGUCUUUCAAAUUUGAUCAAUGCAAGCUGGCUAUAAAAGAAUUAGCUGGGGAAUUUGAGUCCACCAGAUAAACAUUUUGAAUAAUUCUGUUUGUGCUAUCAGAAGCAUAUAACCCCGAAGCGUCUAAAUUCCCCUUAUCUGUUUAGAACCAUGCUCGGGUUUCUUAGCCGACGCAGCCGUCCAAUCAGAAGUACGGAAAAUUAUUUUGCCCAAAUAUGGAAUCAGAGAAUUCAAGCUUUGAGUUUGCAACGCGUAUACAUGUAUGUCUACAAGCCUGUCUACAACCGAAAGAAAUCGUUUCGUGGCAUAAAAGAUAGAGUAAUUAUGCUGCUAUAAAAUGCAACCCUAGGAAAACAUAAAUAGCCACAAAGUUAUAAGCGGUAUGGCUUGAAAAUAUCCGGACCUGCGACGAAAUAAGGCAAGGAUGUUUACAUUUCUUCACGAUAUCGCAAAGCCUCUCGCCGAAAUCAGCAAAAUGCGUUUGCAGCCUCUUUGACCGACAAAGAUCAUCCUCAGGCUACUAGCUGCAAACCUAUCUACCUCGGCAAACCAGUUAUCUGCAACUUCUGUUCUCAUUCAGCAAAACCAGCAUGGUGAUUACAAACAAAAUGAUAUGGCAAGCUUUGCAGAAACGUUGUACAAGGCGCCGACGAAAUCUUUUUUUUUUUUGAGUGUAGAUUUUUUAAUUCAUUCAGAACAGUAAGCGAACACAUGUAUGGCAGUUUUGAUUAGAGGUGUGAUAUGUAAAAGUUUUUUUUUUCUUUUUGGGGACAAAGACAAAGAAAAGUCUUAAGCUGCGAAAUUUACCUUCGAAGAUUUCGACCUUGUUUCUUUCACGGAGGAGCGCUUGUCCUUUUCUGAACUGCGACCAAGUCAGCAACCGUUAAACAGAAUUUUCAGGUAAACUUACAUUUUACGCAUUAUGCUCAAGGAAAGUACGAUGAUGAAAGGAAAUUUAUGUAUUUGUAAAUGUUUCAUAGACGUUUUAUAUAUUUUUGAAAGAGUUUUCAAGAAAAAUUGGGAAAUGCGUCCGAUCGGAGACAGAUAAUUUUAGUGUUAAUUUUUGCCAUGUGCUCAGCCGAUUUUACUUGUGGAAACGGAUCCUGACGAUCCAGUCAAUGUGUACGUGAAUUGCUUUUAACGGUAAACUUACGGAUUUUCGAGUAAAAAAUUUUCAAGAAACAAUUUGUCUGUUUAUUGUUUUCUGUUUGUUCAUUCAUAACAUUAGUUGAAAACAUGAUCGCCGCAUCUAAGUCUUUAAUAUUAACUUGCGUUUCAUCCUUCUUAUUCAGUGUCUUAUUACUCGCAUCACUUCUGCGAAGAUGUCAGGGAAUUUUAUACAAUUUAUACUUUCCAGUUCAGCAACUAGUGAAUUUUUUUUGAAAAUAUGUGUUACUAGUUUAAAUAUUGCACAUAGAUAGUAACUGAUUUUUUAAAGGUUAUUUGCGCUGACUUGGUCAGGCAAAAAUCGUCAGUUGAAGUAACAACUUUGAGAAAUCGCUUCUGUUUUACUACGGUGCAUGUCAUUGGUAGUCGACUUUGUCUUGUUAGGAGGAAUUAACUCAGUCUUGGUCGAUUUGGGGAUUAAUACUGUAUUCCGUUUUUUGUCAAAUAUCACCACGUAAAACAGUAAAUGCUUUUUGCACCGCAUCAUUUACAUCGCGAUACAAGUUUUCCUCUAGAGCACUCGCACGACAAUCUCGUUUAUCAGUAAUUCCAUAUUAGGAAGUAAAUUUUGAUUGGUUCCCUAAAAAACCCGAGCAUUGCGACAAAGUUAUACGCUUCGGGGUUAUAUGCUUCCGGUGCUAUUGAAUCGUCCUUGGAACAGCUCGUCCCAGAUAGUUUGGUCUAGCCCUGACUCGGUUCCAGACGUCUCUCUCUCGAUGUAAAUUUGCGCACAAACAAAGGAGGGAAGAAGAAAAAGACAAGAUUUGGCAGGCGUUUCGCCUCUCCUUUUUCUCCUUUCUUGGGUCCCUCGCGCCUCGUUACCAAUCCCUCGCUUUUCGUGCUGGCCUUUGUUCCCGACCAAAGUGCGAAAAAGGACGCGCCUGAGGAGGAGGCAGGUGUAGCCCAAAACGCGCUUAGUUUAACAGUCUCUGUCCUUAUUUCUGCAAUGUUAGAUCCAAACAUCAUGAACAAAAGUGGUCGCAUUCUGGUAACAGCUGAGUUGGAGACUUUGGAGGUUAGUCUUUGUUGUUGUUGUUGUUUUGCUUUUUUGCUUUUCGCUACUCUGUAUACAAACAGCAAAUAUGGCACGCGCCUUGCCAUAUAUGGAUCCCUUUACAGUUACUCUUACGGGUUCGCAUAGCCGGCUUAACAGUUAUUGAUUGCGAGUAGGAGCGUGUCCUUAAGGGCGAUACCUCGAUACCAUCUAGGUACCAAGAUCCGAAGGACCAACCUGAACUGUUUUUUGAUGGAUAUAAAGCUUAACGUGAAAGUAACUGCUGAGUGACGCUUUCGCUAACACUGAUGGCUUUAAAUCAUGUAAAACAGAGAUGAAUUGUUUGUCCGUUUGUUUUAAAAUUAGAACGAUCAGGGACCCGUUUUCGUCUUUAUAAUUUGGUCUUUAAUGCCAUAAGAAGUUGGCGAAAGCAGUUUUAAACUGCGAGGGGUUUUUUAAUGGAUCUUAUCGACCUUGGAAGCGUAUUUCAAGAAUUCACCCUAUCGUAAGAAAAAAGAACUGAAUUUCUUUUCGUUCUCACAAGGGUUAAACUUGGAAAGUCCGUAGUUCUAACCCCAUCAGACGUAUUAAUUAAUGCCCAUUUUUCUCCCUAGGAGCCCAGCCAUUGUCAUUUCGGCAAGUCAAGAAACUUCUCUCGCUUCCAUAUCCUUCCGUGUCGUGGAUGAUCCCUGAGUUUGUUUAUGUUCCGCGCUGGUUGCUGGCAGUGGGCAGUAAUAAGUUUUAA